GAUACGCUCUACACAGAUAGUGCAGAGAAGGGGGUACCGCGCGAGCAACAGGUGUAUUUUAUACCAGUCUGUUUGGGCCAGGAAAAUCUUUAAAAAACUCUUCAAAAUGACGGCACAAUGUAUGGGGAACUUUGGAGCCCACAAAUGGCGUUAUCCAGAGUUUGUUGCUGAGCGAUAUGGCCGUUCAAAUAGAUCUCCUGAGCCAGAAAAUCAACCCAAACAAGAUGAUGUUGCGAUCCAGGGGGUAAGCGAUCAGACCGUGUGGGUCAACAAGCGGUACAUCCCGACCGAUCUCCGCAGCACCGCCCCGGUACCUCGCCACAAGCUGCUGGCUCCACGUCGUCUGCCUCAGGCCGAGAGACACUGGGUGCCGCUGGGAGAGGCCUCUCUUCGACAGUUCUCAAGGGCUAUGGAAGAGAGAGAACUCUACGUUUCUCAACCGAGUACAAGGUCUGAAGAUUGGUCUACCCUGAGACAAAUAUUGCCAUCAAAAGGACUACCAUUAAGACAUAGCCCACCGAACUGGGGUACAGGCAGUGCCUAUGCCCCACCAAUGAUCGGAGCAAGACAAAGGCGGUUUCCUCAUAUAAACAGUCCAAUGACAAGAUAUGUGGAUGACAUGCAUACAACGCACAAACUUUUCAAGCUUCAUUAACUCUGGCAGGGUGCCCAAACUAAAAGGCCUGUAUCCCAAGAUGUUUCCAUGCUCGUUGUGAAGUCUUUCCAAACUGUGGCCAGUGUAAUAUUCUCUGCAAUAAGGAAACAAACUGACAAAAGAGAAUUUCUUUAAUAAUAAUAAUAAUAAUGCUCAAUUCUUGUAUAGCGCAUCACACAUAGCAUAGCAUGUAUAUUAGUCAAUUUUAUUGAUCCUUCAUGACUACUGGUCUAUUGAACCAGAAUGGAGAUAUAUGAAAAGGAUAUGAAUUUUUAUAAUCUUGAAGGUGAUGUUUUGAUUAUAAAAGUAAAUUAUCAAAAAAAUUGCAAAAUAGAGAAAUAUAUAUGUCUAUGAUAAAAAAGAAAGGUGUGUUUCAAUUAUUAAUUGUUAAAUCAGAAAUAAUAGGGUGAUUUUAAUUUGGAAUGAUGCACUCAGAAAAGUGAAGAAUAAAACUAGAAAAACAACUGGUGAUUUGAUUUGAUUGGUUAGCUAAAUAACAUUAAAACAGGAAUCCUUCUGUCAUUGGUUUAUAACUAAUUUGCCAUUUAAAUAUGAACUAAUGGUAUAUAGAAAUGUUUUAAAAUGACUGCCUGGUAAUUCUCUGUAGAUUAUAUAAUAAAAAAAAUUAUACGAAUGUGUAAUUUGGUUUUUUAGGGACUUACAAAUCAAUUUAUGAAUUCAUUGCUGGCAGUGAUAUUGAAUGCAUUUAUUGCAUUAGGUCUAAAAAUGUAUACAUUUUGCUUACUUAGCAAUAUAGUUCUUUGUAAUACCUGCUUUGCUGUAAAAAAAUGUUCAUUCCGUCCAAUUUGACAUUGCUGAUAUUGUGUGUUGCGCGAGUUAAAACAGUAUUAUGGAUUAUUUAUGUUUCAUGAUCUAUGCAAUUUUAAAAGUAUCUUUCUUUCGAAUUACAUGUAUAUUAUUUUUGUAUGCAAUUAACAAAUAUUUUAACCUUUAUAUAAAACAUGUACAUAUAAGAACAAAAAAUAGUUUCUUGACUCAAUUAUGAUCAAAAUAUUAAUCAGUUUAAAAAAAAACCCUCAAAUAAUUGAACAAGAAUUAUUUUUUCUUAUCUCUCUGUACCACAUUCGUUUUUGUUUGCAUGUGUCAUGAAAUUUGACUUAUGCUUUGAGAAAAAUACAUGUAUGUUGUAGUUGGAAAGAGUAAAUUUUAUCUAAAGCAAUAUUCUUCUGGGAUUUAUAUUAAAAAAUAUUGCUAUAUGACUGAUGGUCCGCAUCGCUACAUUUAUUAAAUUAAUAAAUACUAGUUUUUAUUCUGUGCCAUGAUAUUUCCUCCAUUGAAUUUACUUUAGUAGAUACUUCAGCUUUUAUGAACAACUUUUUAUUUAUUUUUUCAACGUAUAGAUUAAUAAUGCAAAUAAAUUGCUUUAACAGUCCAUUCUAUCAUUAAUUCUUAGUUUU